AGGGAGAACCCCCUCUCCGAAUACCGGGUGACGCUGGGGGCCCUCCAGCUCCUGUCCCCCCCCGCCGACGCCCAAGUGAGGCGGGUGGCCGCCGUCACCCGCCACCCCGCUUACCGCGACGGCGACGUCAACGAGGCGCACGGUGACGUCGCCGGGGACCUCGCUUUGGCGCGCUUGGACCCCCCCGCCACCCCCACCCGGCUGGUGCGCCCAAUUUGCCUGCCCGGUCCUGCCGUCCGCUUUCCCCCCGGCACCAACUGCACCGUCACUGGAUGGGGGGACGUCCACACCGCUGGUCCCCUGCCGCCCCCCAAAACGCUGCAGCAGCUGGAGGUGCCCCUCCUCAGCCACCGGCAUUGCCGCUGCCUUUACGCGGAGACAGCCGGCGCGGGGACGCCCGCGGGGGACACGCUCUGCGCCGGUUUCCCCCAGGGACAACGCGACGCCUGCCAGGGUGAUUCCGGGGGUCCCCUCUCUUGCCGGGUGGGCGACAUUUGGCUACUGGCGGGGGGGGUAAGCUGGGGGGAGGAGCGAGGUCGUUAA